AAGGAAGUGGCGUUGAAUGGAAAUACUGAAGUUAAGUACAAGAACCUCCGAUUAUUACUUAAUUUCUCUGCAGAAAAAAAAGAUGUAAGUAAUAAUAAGUAGUAGUAUAGUAAUAGUAUAAUAAAAGUGAGCAUUGUAAAUUCUUGAGAGCGUUUUAGAUGUAAUAUUGUCACACAGCCCGUCAGGAUGAUCCCACGUUGUAACUGGGCACUUUCUUGCGCUAACAGCGUACUUAUACCCAGGAUCUGGCAAACGUAACGAAAGCAUGUGACGCAUCUUGCGUAGGAGCUGCAGAGAAUACAGCAUACCAUCGCCAUAAAUAAAAGUGGACCAAUGCCCAUGCGCGCUCUGCAGAGGACGUUGUGAUCCUCUUAUCCCCAUUCACAUACACAUUCUCAAAUAUCCAGCGGUGGAUUUAUUCUUCACACAUCCUCCAGGUGAAGAUGUCCCCCUGUGUCCUGCUCACUGUCCUUUUUGCCCUUCCUCUUGCUCUGGGUAAGUUCAUGAAUAUCUUGUUGGUGCACUUUUAAUGAGAGGCCCUCUAGUUUCCUUACGUAUAAAUAAUUGCUUAAAUAAUUGUUAACUGAUCAUUUACUAAUGCUUUAUAUGUCACCUUAAGCCAAGAAAACAAUUUGAUCCCUUUGACUGGUGUAAAUCCUUUUUUAUGUGAUAAACCAUCAACUGCAUUGUUUUCCCUAUUUUGAUAAGACGUACAGUUUUAGAAUACAACUGUUAAUGAAGUCAUCAAUAGAGAGUCACAGAUGUAUCACUUACUAAAACGCUGCCAGCUGUCAUGUGCAAUUAUAAAUACAAAUGCAUUGAUACAAGUCAUCAAUAAAGGGUUCUUAACAUAAUCGGUCAAAUCCACAGUUGUAAAUGUGUAUUUGAGGAUAAUAAAUGGAUCUUGUUCGGGAAGUCAGAGGUCAAACAGUCCAUUUGAUCGUCUUUAUUUUCCACAAACAAAGUCUGGGGAAAAGAAGUGGCUUUCCAGAUUUGUCAGCCUAUUGAUUGUUGAUAAACUCCAUUGAUUAACACCUGGUGGCUUCUUUUGUUUAGGUUGUUUUGGGGAAAUGCAUUGCUGUUUUGUUAGGCAGAAGUUCAGUGUGUAAUUGCGCUGAUUUAAUGAACUAAAAAGGCAAAUCAAGUGUCACACUAGAGGAGGAUAAUCACCACAGCCUGGAAAACCAAAACAAUAUUCUUAUUAAUGAUUAUUAACUGAUCUAUAAAGAAGUAAUUAGAAGUAAUAAUAAUGAUGAUACCUUAUUUGUAUAGCUCUUUCCUUAACAAAGUUACAAAGUGCUUUACAUGGAAGAGGAAAUAGCUAAUAAUAAUGGCAAACAACGAGAUCAUUAAACACAGGGGAUUGAAAAGUUAAAACUGGGAAGAAUAUAAAAUAGCAGUGAUGGAAAGGUAAAACUAGAACAAAAACAUGCAUAAAAGUUUUCUUUUAAACUAAUAUUAAGAUGUAGCCCGUCUAAUCACAGUACAGUGUCUUUAAUAGAACAAGGACAGCCUGAUCAUGUCUGUCAGAUGCCAGAAGGUCAUUGGUGACCUUAACAAGAACUGACUUAGUCCUGAGAGUUAUGAGAGGUCUAAUCAUUGUGCUGGAGAAGAUGAAUAAUAAUCAGAUUAAUUCUGCUCCCCCCAUAGGAUGGGUUGUACCAAGUGAAAGAGAAGAAGCCCAGAUGUUGUGUGUUGGGAGGGAAUUCCGUCUGCCUGUGUACUCGACAUCCAGAAUGGUGACUUUUACACCAAACAAUGAGGGACCGCGGCGCAUCCUGCUGGACAAAACCAUUGUAAAGGACCCGCGGUUUGAGUGGACCAGAGAUAAGAUGCUAGUUCUGAGAGAAGUGACUCACAGUGAUGAGGGACUUUAUGCCAUCAAGCUGUUCUCUGGAUUUACCUACGAGGCUGUUCGUUUGACUAUUUCAGAAUGCAUCAAGUCCUACCGCAGAAACUACGGGGAUAUAUUUGAGCACCACCUCCCUGAAAAUGGCUUCCUACUGGAGUUUUCUCCCUGGGGUGCCCCACCUGAGGCCAUGCCAGUUGUUCUGUGGAACCGGACGGACCCUGUGACCAGCGAAGCGGGCCGGGGGCGGCUGCUGCGGGGAGGGAGGUUCUGGGUGGCCGAGAGAGUGACGCAAGCGGACCAAGGCAACUACACUGUGAGGGACAGCGGGGGGGAGGUCCUGUCCCGCAACACUCUCACUGUCCGCGGGCACUCAUUCAAUGUCACCCGCUUUACCAAGGAGUCUCUAAACCUGCCCCUCUUUCUUCCUGUCCCUCAUGCCCACCUCAUAUUUACCCCCACCCGAUACCCUGACGAAUCCUCCCUGGGCCCUUUUGACCCCAAGCCCACCCGUGGCUCAGUGCAGCUGAUCCGCGAGGGCCAUAUAACGAACCACGACAUGCGCUACAGGGGCCUCAUCUCGCUGGGCAGGAACGGCACCAUCAAUGAGGUUGUCAUAGCGAGGCUGAGUUUAAGGCAUGAGGGGGUGUAUGAAAUCAGAGAUGUGGUUGGCAACCUGGUAUCCUCCACCUGGUUACAGGUGAUCGAAAAGGGAGUCAGAUGGCGAGCACUUCUCAAGUCCAUUACUGUCCCUUCUGGCAUGUUUGUGUCACUGGUUGGUUUCAUCCUGUUCAUGAGGCGAUACCCAAACUGCAGCCUGUCGCACAUCAUCGCUGUCCUCAGAACAAACCGCACGCCACCGGCCAACCCUCCGAGGGUUAACAUCCAGGAUUACAGCCAUCCCAGCCCUCAACCCUCAGGCUUCUACAGUCACUCUCAACCGCCUGAAACACCAAGAAAAUGUACCCCGAGAGCCAGUCCCACUCAUACUGGUUACAGUCCUGUUGUGGUAGGAACUCCGAUAGCUGAGAAUCAGGAAGCACACAGAUUGGCAGCAACGAGCUCCCCUCGUCAUAAUUCAACCACUGAGCGGGACACAUCCCACAACAAUGAGGAAGAGAGAAGGAUUUCCUUUUCGGUGCCUGGGGCUUCAGACUGCCUCCACUCCUCUGAGGACUGUGUUAAAUUCCAGAUCAAAAAAGAUGGAGAUAAAGACAGGAGGAGCACGUCACAAGGUUACUUUUCCACCCUGCCACUAGACAGGGACACCUCUGAAUCCUGCAGUGUUUACACUUCUGAGAAACUGAACUUCUUGUAAAACAGAGAAUUGGAGCUGAACGAAGAAGACGAAAGAAGAAGUAACAUAAGGCAUGGAGGAGCUACAGUAUCGAAUUAGGAAAAUAAAUACCCCACCUGUGCCUUUUGCAUCUUAGCCUCGUAUUAAUGGUUUAGUGUGAUAAUUGCAUGUCAUUUUUUCAUAUGAUUUUUUUAUGAAGCAUGAGUUGAGCAUUAGCCUUCCUGUCUCAUUUUACAUAUUUCUUGACACUGAUGAUGGUGCUCCUGAAAUCUCCUGCUGUUACCUACCUCCAGACCCUCAGGACCAGUAUGAUCUGCACUGUAUUUGCUGAGUGUUGGUACGAGUGUGUUUGUGAUGUGAUGUCUAGGGCUAUGUAGAAAUAAGAGUUGUGAUACAAAAAGUUUGAAAAAGGGAAUUCUAAAGUACUGUACAGUAAUAGAGCGUUUGUUAAUGUAUCUUUCUCCAUCCACCAUGUCAACCAUUUCCAAAUGCAACAACAAUUAAUUAACAUGUUCAAUGUCUGCUCAGCAGUUCAGUGAUUUUUGCAGUGGUAUAGUGUAUUUACCCCUGAGGUAAUUGUAGUAAUAGCUUUGUGAAUUGUAACAUGUUCCACCAAAUAUUGCAAUAGCCUAUUAAUAUAUAAACUUUGUGUACAGGAUAAUAUGUUAUCACCAAAUCUUUCUAUGGAAAAAACAGAUUGGACUGCUGCUUGUGAUAUUUUUGGACGUUCAAAUGUCAUCUCUUAAACAAUAAAUAUAUCUUUAACACA